UUUGUUUCUCGCUUUUGAUGCUCUUUGCAAUAAAAGCGAGGUCCAGUUUUUGAAGCGCGGUGUGCGUUCUGAUGAGAUUUCUCGCAAUUCAAUUCCUUACAAGGAUUGGCAAGAAGUCUUCAAGCAACACUCUAAUUACCUUUGAAUGAUUUUGCACAGUGUAGCUGUACGAUGCGUGUUCGGUGACCCUGCUGGAGCCAAGCUCAAAGCAUAUUCUUUGAGCACCUGUAUCUCAGCAAGGAGCAACAUCAGGAAAUUGGGAGUGCAAUAUGAGUAAAAUGGCUGCUGCACGCCUGCUGUUGAAGCGGACCACGAGACCAGCUCCAAUUUUUUCCGAUGCAGUUUCCAUUGCUUCCCAGCCUAUGCCACGUGCCAGGCCUAUGGGUAUCCCUUCGACACAAACUUUGAGACGGUGAUGUCGGCAUCGCCCACUGAGAAGUUUAUCAAGCGUGUUAGCAUCCGCACAGUCCUUGUCGGUGGCCUUAGGUUUGUUGUUGGAUGGCAGCACCACUUGGGCAAGGAUCUAAGAUAUGGGUCCCGCUGCGCUGAGUGGUGGCUUUUGGCAGAUGCAAAGCUGAAAGAGAAGGCUGCGGCAGCAAACAUGGAGGUUUUUUGGAUUGCGGAGAAGGAGUCUCGCCGUUGGGCAGCGGACCUGACGGGCACUUUUCAGCAGACAGACAUCCUGUGCAGAAAGGAGAACCUGGAUGAGGUGUUGAUAAAGGCAGUGAACAAGCACGACUUUGCCAUCCUUUUAUGUGACCCCUUCCUGCCCGAAUGCCCGGUGAUCGCUUUGAACGAAGCCGCGCAGAAGUUGACGGGUUGGGGUCCUGUUGGCAACGAAGUCACGCGAGCAGAUGCCAAGCUCAUGGCGGGUGCAGAUGCCUUGCACCGCGGUGCUCAGUACCUCACCUAUGGUCGCUACAGCCCAGGUGAGGAGGAGGAAAGGAUCGCUGUGCGAACAGCUUGCGCGAAUGGACGCCCAACUGCUGCAUCAUUCCGACCCAUGUAUUCUCUUCCAGGAGAGUGCAGCAUGUGGCUGCAGGGCGUUUCUCUGGCGCAGGGAGUGAACAAGGGCCCGCUCAGCGGCGGCGGGAACGUGUGGUACUUGGUCGGGCUAUUAAGUUCCGAGCCGAAGGAGCGGUGGGCGGAGGCGGCACCAACGUCGGCAUCCAUGGCAGCCGUGAAGGUAUCUUUUCAAGAGAUCCUGGACACUGCUGAGACGGCGCUGCCCUGCCAAACCGUCCCCUGUGUCGAGAUGGAAGCGCCUACGGCUGGCCACCCAUAUGGUGGGGACAUACGCCUGGUGAAGGAGACUUUGUGGCAUAUGAGUGCGGCACCAGAGCCAGAAUCGAGCUGAGCUCCUGGGGCCAUUGCUUCAGAAUGCCUUUAGACGCCACCAAAGGUUUCAACGUCUCAAGCAUGGAAUCGCGCGCAGCACGCUUCAUGACA